AACCAGCCCCCUAACAAUUGGAAUUGUUGUUGCUAUGGAGUAAGGGUUCUAGUUGCCAGGGGAAUGAAUCCCUCAAUUACUGGUCUGGAAGCUUCUAUAUAAACCCCUACCCCUCUGAUCUUAUAGGAAAUCUUUAGUCCCUCUCCUCUCCCAACUUACUUCCAAAGACCUGUCUUCCCUUUCCCAACUCCCUACCCCCAUUCUCUACCUAUACCUCCUCUAGAGUGCCUCUAUCCUUAAUGCUGGCCCCACAAGUUGGGCCUUUCUCUCCUCUCUUAGACCUACCCCUCUCCAACAAAAACCUUUCCCCAGAUCCCAGAUCUACUCCUAGAAUCAUCUUCCCUUAUUCCCAGAGUUUUCCCUAAUUCCCUCACCCCAAAUGCUAGACUUUUUGUUAAGGGCUCUUGCCUUUCACUACCCAGCCUCCAGCUUGCCUUUUAUGAUCAUCACCCAAGUUUUCUCUUCCCAAAGUUCCAGGAGUGCAUCUAAGGACCAGCUGUUACAAGUAAACUAAAGAUGGACGUUGAUAAGACAAGUCACAAGGAAUCUUAUAUUACCAAUCAUGAGGCUUCUGCUCCUGAGUUUCCCGCCUCUAUGGUAACCCCCAUUUCUGAGGAGGUCCUCAAUCUUGAAGAAUCCAUCUUCUUUGAAGAACCCACCACUUCAGCUCUCAAUGCAGAGAUGUUAAGUAGAUCUUCUACUUUUGAGGCCCAGACCAAUGAAAAGGAAGAAGAGGUCCAGAGUGCAGAAGAUCUCAAGAGCCCGGUGGAGAAUCCACUCUCUGCAGGUUGCUUCCUUCCAGACAAAUCCCCAAAAACCAUAAGAGAAAAACCCACAGCUAAAGAACAUGAGGAACAGUAUGAAGAAGGCAUCAGUGAUGAUCACACCCAAGCAAGCAAUCAAAAUGCCAGAGGAAAGAAGAUAGUGAAGAAACGUUAUACAAUGCUCCCCAUCGCCCCAGCCGACAAGCCAGAGGUGCUAGCAGUUGCAAAGGCUAUGCACAGGGAGAAGUUUGGAUGUCGUGUAAAGCAGCUUUUCCAGUGGGAGAAGGAUGCCACACUGAAAGCCAUCCAGUCAGGUCUUUACAUCGGUUGGCGCUGCCCUCAUUACCUAUGGGACUGCUACCGUAUUGGGAAUGAGUCAAAGUGCUUUUGUGGACACCUGCUGGCCCAGCACCGGAUCAUCUCAGAUAUAUCUGUUCCCUGUACCAAGACUGCAUGCCGGUGUCAAAUGUUCUGCUUCAUCCCAUCGCGGCCAGAAGAAGUAGGAGAGUUCUGGCUUCAGAAACGAUCUGGUUUUAACCCCAAAGCUUGGAGGGCCCUUUGUCGCUGCAAACACAACCACGAGGAGCACCUUGCCACAGGGUCCCACGCCUGUCGACAUCGCGGCUGCCAGUGCAACUUCUUCCAGUCCAACUUCCUUUGUGCUGCAUGUGACCGACGAUGGGAAGAACAUGAAACCUUCUUUGAGUCAGAGGAGACCAGGAGGCAGGGAGGGAGACCAAUUGGGACAUGCAGUAUUUCACCUGGCAUAGGAACAUGUGAGCUGGGCCACAACGCCAGGAAAUAAAGAUAUGUCCAUAGUA